GAAAGCGAAACUGCUCUCUCUACUGUUUGCUUCAUCACGGUAAAGUGUUUCAUCCGUUUAUUUAUAAUAAAGCCUAUGCACAAAAUAAAUGAUCGUGACACAACAAAAUAAGGUUCUUGCGUAGGUAGAAAUGUCUGCUGAGGAUUUCAGCAUUGUUACAGACGGCGAGUCUUUGAGAUGUCAGGAGAGUGUACUACUGGAGAUCAACAAAUACAAGGCACAAUAUGAAGCAAUACUGAAGGAGCAAAAAAUACUGAGAGACGGCAUAGAUACCAACAAAUACUAUGCCAAGGAAUUUAAACAACGAGCUGACGAAAAGAAAGCGUUGUCUGAAGAAGAAAACAAGAAACGUACUAAGGCAACUCAGAAAGAAAAUGAGAGAUGCAGAGCUGUGCAGGAGGAGAACACCAAGCUGCAGAAGGAGAUCCUGAAAAUAAAGGAGGAGAUGCAAAGCCUGGACUGUAAAAACAGCAGUCUGAAAAAGCAAACUGAGAUCUCGACAGCGGUGCCUGAGAGGAAGGUCGUGUUUCGGGGAAAUACAACAGAGGGAGCCCACACUGUGAGUUUUGAUGUGAAUCCCCGAAUAGUUUAUCCGAUGGAGGGCGGAACAGCACUGAUCACCUUCGAGGAAAAGGAUGUGGCUCAGAAAAUACUGAACCUAAAGGAUCAUCUGGUGCAACUUGGAGACUGUACCAUCAGUGUGCAGGCAAAACCCAUUCAGUUCCUGGUACCCAGCUAUGUUGAGAUGGAAACACAAGUGUGCCCACGCAGAAUCCUAGUCUCCAACCUGCCGAAGGAAGAAGCUGAGGAGAGAGUACUAGACAAACUGGACAUCCAUUUCUCUAAGAAGAAGAAUGGAGGCGGCGAGGUGGAGGACAAAGACAUGCUGCACGACUCUGGCACUGUGGUCAUUACCUUUGUAGAUGACAAUAUUGCCAAACGUCUCUCUGACAAACAAGAUCAUGAUGUAGACUUUGGUAAGAAGAAGCACAAGGUGAAGGUCACUCCAUUCCUCAAUGGCGAGAUUUCACAAAUGAAGAUCUGUGACUCAGAGUGCGUGCGCACAGUGCUGCUGACGGGCAUCCCUGACAUCAUGGACAAAGAUAGCCUGCAGGACAACCUGGAGAUCCACUUCCAGAAGACGGCCAAUGGUGGCGGAGAGGUGGAAGGCAUCGUCUACAACCCUCUAGGCCACACCACCCUGGCUUUGUUUGAUGAGGACUCCCCUCAAGACAGCCAGAGCGAAAGCUAAAAACCUCUACAGCCAGGGAUUCAAUUCUGCCUUUAGACGACAAAAUAGAUCAUUCAUUAAUAAUAGACUUUAUCGAACUCCUAAUUUGGAUGUAUCUUGCAAAAAGUUAUAUAGCAUGUAUCUCUUCACCUCUUAUUUACUGUGAUGUUUGCAAUACACAAAUUUUGAUUUUGUUUUUAGUCAGUCAUCCUAUUAUUGUUGUCAUUACAGUAAUGAGAAAUGUUGGCAGAUAUGGGCUAAAUUCUCAUGAAAAAAUGUAAUUAAAAAUGGUACUUUUUCUUA